ACUAAAGGCAACGUUAUCACCGUAAGUGUUCCGGGUAGCGUGUAGCGGUAGAGGGAAAGCACACUUCUCAGGAUAUUUGUGACAAUAAGCUUAAGCCUGAUUUUGUCCUCGCCAUGGUGAAAUUGUCCGCGGAGCUAAUCGAGCAGGCUGCUCAGUACACCAACCCCGUGAAAGACAGAGAGCUGGAUCUCCGAGGUUAUAAAAUCCCAGUGCUUGAAAAUCUUGGAGCUACUCUGGACCAGUUUGACACUAUUGAUUUGUCUGAUAAUGAAAUCAGAAAACUGGACGGCUUCCCUUUGCUCAAGAGACUGAAAACACUGCUGAUGAACAACAACAGGAUCUGUCGUAUAGGGGAGAAUCUGGAACAUUGUCUGCCGAGUUUAACAGAACUGGUCCUCACAAACAACAACAUUCAGGAGCUGGGUGACCUGGACACACUGGCCACGGUGAAGUCAUUGAGCCUGCUCAGCUUGCUAAGGAAUCCGGUGACAAACAAGAAGCAUUACAGGCUCUAUGUCAUCAACAAAAUCCCACAGAUCCGUGUGCUUGACUUUCAGAAGGUAAAACUGAAGGAACGCCAGGAGGCGGAGAAAAUGUUCAAAGGCAAACGAGGUGCUCAACUUGCAAAGGAUAUUGCCAGGCGAUCAAAAACAUUCACUCCUGGAGAGGCAGCCCAGCCUGAGAAGAAGAGGACAGGGCCGUCUCAAGCGGAUGUGGAAGCCAUCAAGAAUGCCAUCGCUAAUGCCUCGUCCUUGGCGGAGGUGGAGAGGUUGAAAGGGAUGCUGCAGGCUGGCCAGAUCCCUGGCCGAGAGCUCAGACAAGGUCAAGCAGAGAUGGUGGAGGAGGAAGAAGAGGAAGAGGGUGACGCUGCACAGAUGGAUACACAUAUGGGUGGAGGUUCUGGGGAAGAAAUGAAUGAGGGAGACCAAGAAGAGGAUCAAGAUGACAUGGAUGAAGAGCCACACAUUAAUGGCUCCUGAGUGUGCUGAAAGCGUUUUUGUUUGUUUUUUCCUUGUUGAAUUGUGUUAUACAUUUGUUUACCAGGAUCUUUUUAUUUUGUAAAAUUACAUACAUUAAACUGAUUUCUUACACUGC